AUGUUGAAAGCUGGGAAUAAAGGAAAAGGACCCAAAAAAAGUAAAGCUGACAAGGCUUUUUACCCCAAAGCUCUGAUACUUUUGCCAACAAGAGAACUCGCAGACCAAACAUACAGAGAAGUUUUGAAAUUAACAUACCGUACACCUCUUGUGCCAGCUCUUGUCCACGGGGGUCAAAAUAAUUUUGAAACACAACUUGCUAACCUUAAGGUUUGUUUAAUUUUUAAUGAGAAUAUGCUUAAGACCAUGCCAGGGCAUUUGGGGAGUGGACAAUUAGCGCCGCAGGCGAGAAUUUUGGAGAGCAGUAGACAAAAUUCUCUUUUUUGGUCAUCUCUUGCCUCAUUUAAAAAAUUUUUAUAUUUUGCCACUUUUGAUAUAGGUAUUUCAAAAUAA